AUGCGUCCUCUUUUUGAGAUCUCCCUUUACAUGUCAGAAGCACUUGUACAGCUAGGCAAACAUAAAGAAGCUUUAGACUAUGCAAUGGCUGCAAAUCACAUAGAUCCAUCCAACUCAGAGGCGAGGGAGAGAAUACAGAAAAUAAGAGCUGAAUUGGAAAAAGAUAGAAAAGACAAUGAGGGAACAGAUAUGACAGAAUUUAGAAAUGGAAGGAUGAGGUCAUUGAGUGAAGUACUUUUGCGGUCAGAGUUGAUCUCUGAUGCAUCUCAAGAAGCGCUACGAUAUGAAAGAGAGGAUUCAGAUUUUGACGAUGAAAUGGAAUUAGACUUUGAAACUUCUAUACUGGGUGAUGAGGACCAUGAAAAUGAGUCAAAUAUGCUUCAUGGAAGUUUGAAUUUGAGAUUUCAUCGAGCAGAUAAUUGGACCAGAGAAACCUGCAGCACAAAUGGUCCUUCAUCGUCCUCUCAAAAUGAAUAUGAUUAUCAGUCAGAAGUUGCAAUCGAUAUGAAGCAAAGAUAUAUUGGCCACUGCAAUAUGGGGACGGACAUUAAACAAGCAAGCUUUCUUGGUCAACUAGGUGAGUAUGUUGCCAGUGGAAGUGAUGAUGGUCGAUGGUUUAUCUGGGAGAAGAGAACUGGAAGACUGAUGAAAAUGCUUGAAGGAGAUCGAGCUGUUGUAAAUUGUGUACAGUGCCAUCCAUUUGAUUGUGCUGUUGCCACCAGUGGAAUUGACAAUACCAUUAAGAUGUGGACACCACAUGGUCAAGUUUCUACUAUGGUUGCUGGAGUAGCCGGACCGGUGACCGCAGAUGUGUUAAGUGCUAUAGAAAUCAAUCAAAGGAAACUACGCCGCAGCCGUGAAACAAUUUUGCCUCUGCAAUUUUUUGAGCAAUUUCCAGUGCAUGAGUUUGCAGAAGGAACUUUUCAUCCGUUUGAGUGUGCUCAGAGCUGAUAUGUCCUAUGAUUGAAGAACAGGAAUGGCCAUUCUCAUUGGAGCAAUGUUGAACCUCAAUUUUGAUGCAUGGCCUUCAUUGUUUGCCCUUGAUUAUCAAGUAAAAGGUUCAUAUGGCUGUCAAAUGGGCUUCCUGCUUAUGUUACAAGUUGCAUUGAUAAGUGUUGAUGGCAUGAUUUGCAGCGGAUUUUAGUGAUAAUAUGUAGCAAUUUGAGAGGUGAUUGUGUUAUACCAAUGCUGAUAUCAAAUAUGCAAGCAGGGAUGUCGAUUUUGGUGCCUGAGGCUGCAGCCGGGUUUUUGUUACUUAUUAGGAGUAUUCUCAAGCUUGCAGCUCACCAUUUUGAGUGUUUCAGACAAAUCACCUGUACAGACGAUUGUAAAUUUACAUAUAUGAUACAUUUAAUGGUAACAAAUAUAUGUGGAACAAGAUAUUGUCUCAAAA